AAAAACGUAAAAAAUCAGUAUUUAUUUGCAAUUUUAAUAUAUUUGGGAGCAGACAUUGGUUUCGCCUUCUAGUUUCCGCUUCAAGCAAUCGAUAGUCGUCGGCUGAAUCUGCUGCAGCUGGAAGGAAUUGAAGUGUUUGUCUCUGUUCUUCGUUUUCUCACAUUCUACAGUCAUUAGGUUAUAAUGGAUGAGCUUCAACAGAAGCAGAAAAACAAGUACAGUAUAAUUGUUCCUACAUAUAAUGAGCGACUCAACAUAAGCCUCAUUCUUUACCUUAUAUUCAAGCAUCUUCAGGAUGUUGAUUUUGAAGUUAUUGUUGUAGACGAUGGGAGUCCUGAUGGUACUCAGGAUAUUGUAAAACAACUGCAGAAGGUUUAUGGAGAAGAUCGAAUUCUGUUAAGAGCGAGACCUGGGAAGAUGGGUUUAGGAACGGCUUAUAUUCAUGGCAUGAAGCAUGCAUCUGGAGAUUUUGUUGUCAUUAUGGAUGCUGAUUUAUCGCACCAUCCAAAAUAUUUGCCGGAGUUCAUUAGAAAGCAAUUGGAAACUGGUGCCGAUAUAGUUACUGGGACUCGUUAUGUUAAAGGUGGUGGUGUGCAUGGAUGGAAUCUUAUGCGUAAACUAACAAGCAGAGGAGCAAAUGUUCUUGCACAAACACUUUUAUGGCCUGGUGUCUCAGAUUUGACAGGGUCUUUUAGACUUUAUAGGAAAUCAGUGCUUGAAGAUAUCAUUAGUUGCUGUGUUAGCAAGGGAUAUGUCUUUCAAAUGGAGAUGAUAGUAAGAGCAUCCAGAAAAGGGUACCAUAUUGAAGAGGUUCCAAUCACGUUUGUUGAUAGAGUAUAUGGAAGUUCAAAGCUUGGUGGAUCGGAGAUUGUCGAAUACCUUAAAGGCCUAGUAUAUCUUCUGAUGACAACAUAGAAAGAUAUUAUACGAUAACAACUCGAAAGAUAUUGUAGUUCAAAAACCUAAUUAUUGAGGACGCGAGUUUCGCUGCUAUGUUGUUCAUAGCUUGCCUUUUGAAUUUUGUUGGAAGCAUCUGUGUGGAUUCCUGUCUUUAUAUCUGUUUGGAAAAUAUCGAUGACUAAUCAAUUUUUGUUUAGAUGAAGAUGUGACUUAGGCUGAUCUA